GUAGAUGUUGGUGACAUCAUCACACAGUACAAGCUUCAACUGGAGCAAUCAAACUCAUCACAUUCGUUGGGUCAUCAACAGGGUGCCUUCAACAGCUCACAAGGUAGUCUCUCCUCGCUCAACAACAAUCAACAACAACAACUAAACCAGCAACAGCAGCAACAGGUCUUACAACAAUCACAACAGCAAGCUCUUCAACUAUCAUUAGGAAAUUCAGAUUGGUUGAAUAACCUUGACCUUCUGAAAGAGAGUGUACGUGUUGCGAGUAGCUACAACUUUUCAGAUUUAGAUUUAUCACAAUUUGCAGGUCUCAUGGAGAGUAUGAAGCAAGCUGACUCCAAGAACUGGUCAUUGCAGCCUGAGCAGUUUGCUGAUCUAGCAGAGUCGCUAAGUAACUUCUUCCAGCAAACGGGUGUAGCUGGGUAUCUCAACACAAGUCGGGGUAGUGGCGGAGGAAGCGCAUUCAGUGACAGUCCUCAUAGCAGCAUCUCUAACUCAACAACAGGAGGUGGUGGUUUCCUAAUGGGUUCACCGCCCCUCCUUAGCCCAAACAGCAGCCACCAAUCCCUAGGUGUUCCUUCACCGAUCAUGGGUCACAACCUUAGCCCAACCAUGGUCCCUCAACCUCACCAAGGGUCAUCGCCAAACAUGCAACGGGUAGUCCAUCACCAGAGCGUGCUGCCACGGCGCACCACCGACUUCCCCGAUGAUGACAUUGAGGAUAAUUUCCCGUGGGACACAAUCGCAUAGCCCUAUCCUGGGCAUUGACUGAGACAAGAACUCCCCUGUUUUCCUUGGUGUUCAGGGCCUGGGUGGGUUCCUUAGGCAAGGUAGAGCCGGAUGUUUUGAGCGUUCUUGGUAUGUCUACCGUUCCUCUGCCGCUUGUGGAGCCUGUGUGUGUUCCUAGGGCAAGGGAGAGCAGGAUGCUUUCAGCAUUCUGGGUACAUCCACCUAUCCUGUCUGCCGCUUUUGGAGGCUGUGUUAGAUCCGCUGUUAGGCAACUCCAGGGAUGUAGUCCGAACCGCAAGUGCUCUGAGGAAGACCUCAUCAAAGAAAGCUUGAGUGCACAUCUAUCUGUCUGGAAACAUCAACGACAGCAUCAAAGGGUUGUGCCUGCGUGUAGUGUUAAGGAACACGUCAACGGCGUGCUGCAAUCGCUUCAGUGUCGAGUGUCACAACAAAAUUCAUCCAUGUCUAUCCAAAGAAAACCUGUUAUGUAAGAGAGAAAAGGAAUCUGGUAAAUUCGACGUUUGAAAGGACACCAGAUGAUGCAGUUGCAACCUUGCGAGAACCGCUUUCAAGCAAAUGAGAAUGUGCAGUGUACUUUGAAAGACCACCUGUGUAAAUCAUGUCGAGUCUUUCUCAAGAAGUCACAUGACAGAGAUGGGGAAAACAAAUGUUAUGCUGCUCCAGGUUGGGAUAGUAUCUCCAGAAGACAUGUGUUGUAGCAAAUAUGUAAGAUGGUGAUUGCUCUGAAGAAUGGCCAAGGAAUUGUGUACUUUACAAGGGUGUAAAAGUGGAGGAGUGAUAUCUAUUAUCGAUGAUCACCCAUUAUAUAGCACAAGUGAACAACGAUCCUUCACUUUUUAAGGCUCUUUGUUUGGCUAAUUCUGACAGGCACCUCCCUAAUUUUCAACAUUUUUAAGAAGGAUUUCAGAGAUGGUAGAUAGAUAUGAAUCAUUGCUGCAUGAUGAGUUUAAUGAAUGUUAUUUUUAAUACAAAUGGCAAAAUGCCAGGUAAAUUGAACCAAGAAUAAUAAUUUAAUAAAAAAAGAUGUAGUCCCAAGCUUCAUCCUCUUUCUUUAAUGUUUAUCAUCAAAGAAAAUGGAAACCGAUGGGAAAAGCAAUAGUGAUUGCCUGGGAUAAUUUUUAUCUAUUUGUGUUAUGAGAAUAUUUUUAUGGUCAACACUCUCUCGCCAGUUAUGUUGUACAGGUGUGGAUAUGUACAUAGACAAACAGCUAUAUAUUUGUGAUACUUGGGUGAGUGUGUGUGUGAGAGUGUGAAUGGCAAUACACCCAAAACUGUGCUGGUUCUGUUUCUAUGGUUUCUCUCAAAUCUCUUUAUCUUUCUCAAAUAUGCUAUUCUUGUAGGCUGGUCUAAAGUAGGAUGAGGAAAAGGCACGCUUUUGAAUAACGCGAAGCAAAUUCACUGGUACUUUGUCUGGACAAACAACCGUCCACCCAUUAUACAACUGGGCAUACUAUUGAAAUGACCCUACCUUAUUGAAAUUACCAGAGUUUAUUUUUUUCCUUGACACAUUCUGUACAUCCAAUAGACUAUUCUCAGCCGAUCUGGAUUAAUAUUUCAGUUUGCCAGUAGCAGCUAGUUUUGUGUUCAUAGUACGUAUUUUUGUUCGUGAAUACCUCUUUUAAUAAAAUAGAUUCAUUAUCUUUUGAGAAUUUUUAGGAGAUUGAGUGCAUUAGCUUCCAUGCUAUCUUGCACUGAUUUGGUGGGGUAAAUCUACAUCUGUUUUGUUUGAACGAAGAAGAGUUUAUCCCCACUGGAACAAAGUGACACUUUGCUGUGUACAUUUUCAUUCAAUUUUAUACAUGAAAUAUUUAAAUGGGACUUGCAUAAUUGCCAAUCAUACAGUAAAUAGGAAUAUCAUUGCAUGAUGCAUGCUCAUAUCUAUUGCAAUAUAUCAAUCAUUGAAUUUUGCUCCUUUGGAGGUUAUCAAUUUCAUUUGAUCAAUUUCAAUUUUAAAAGGAUUUUUGAUAUGAUAAUGAUAUUUCAAUUUUAUAAUUCAUUAUUUGCAUUUUUUGGAUAACCAGUCAUUUAUGAGUAUUUACUACUCGAAUUCAAAUCAUGUUUUAUUUGGUACAGUUUGAUUUUUCAAUCUUAAUAAGUUAUUCCUCUUGUGAAUUCUAAAUUAAACUCAGAGCAUUGUUUGUGAAUUUUUAAACAGCCAUUGACAUGUAGUGUUAUUAAACAGGGUUAGUAAAGCUUGUAGGAGUUAUAUACCAGUUCAAUAUCUCUCUUUCUUCUUUGGGCAUUCUUUAACACUGAUGGGGUAAAUACCGCUCAUCACCAAUUGCAUUUGUUUCACACUUUUUAAGUUCGGUAACAUAUUUCUUUUAAAAACAUAAGACUAGAGUCACAGGAAAAAAAGGUGAAAUGCCACAGUCACACACGAGUCCAAACCAACCAAUGGUAUGUCAUUGGAAAUAACGUUAUAGAUUUGGUCAAUUUGGAGUUGAUUUCACUGUUUAUUUCCAAUUUGUCUAAUGCCAAUUCGUCCAAUUGCCAACUCGUCUACUACCAUUUAGUCUAUCAUCAGUUCAUCCACUCACCACAUGGUCUACUUUCAUUUAGUCUAAUGCCAUUCUGUCUAAUAGCCAGUUGGUCCAAUAGCCAUUUAGUCCAUAUACCAUUUGGUCUAAUUAAACUUAAGUGUUAAUUAUUCAAAAUGAAUUAAAAAGUAAAUGGGUAUUAGACCAACUGGUUAUAAGACGAAAUAGUGAUUAGACGAAGUGAUAAUUGGACCAAAUGGUUAUUGGACCAAAUGGUUAUUAGAAAAAUAUUGAUGGACGUAAUGGCAUUAGACUAAAUGAAAGUAGACCAUGCGGUGAGUGGACGUAAAGGCAAUUAACCGAUUUCACUGAUGUGACUGAGUCCGCAGUGUGGAAUAGCACCAAAUUCUGUAAUAAUAGUCUUUCUUGCAAAACUUGAUAUUGUAGUUUUGUAUUAAUAAUGAAUGUAAGUGACCUUUUUUAUAAGAAAUGUUUCAGGUUAUCCUUCGCCUUUUUUUAAGUGACAAUUUUGAUGGACAGUGAAGACAGAGACCUACUGUACAUAGAUCAUGAGGCUUUAUAUUUUAGUACGAUGGAUUUUGUCUCUUGGAAUGUUACUGCUAGUGUCACAGGCUAGGAGGUCUAACCUGGUCAUAACGUAUGAUGUCUAAAAAUAGAAUCGGUGGAAAUAAAAAGGAUGUUCAGAUUCUACGUCACAACCAAAAGACACAACAGACACACACAAAACAUGAAAAAUAAUGUUUGUCUCUUUAUUGUCUUCAUCAUCACCACAUGGGAAACACCAAUUCAACACAUGACACUUUGCUCACACUCACAGAAAACUAGCAAACAAUACCAAAACCUGCGCCAGAUGUUCAAAAAAAUAUGAGAAUGCGAUGUCAGCAAAAAUUACUGUUCAGCUUAAAGAUACCAUGAAAAUUUUACACUAUAAAGAUUGAGGGAACGGUGUAUUAAAAUGAGCCAAUGUAUAUGAAAUUUAGCAAGAGAAUUAUAUUUGUAAGGUUUGCUAAAAAAUAUGAAUUCAACUGUUAACUUUGCCUACACAAGUAAAAACAACCAAAGAAAGGGCUAUGUGUACUGAUAAUCUGAACUUUUUUCACCUGCGCAGUCUAUUUGAAGACACCAUACAUUAGGAUAUCUGACUUCCUCGCCUGUGACACCGCCAAAUUUACUGUACAGUGUAGAUCAUCUAGAUCAUCAAAUAACGUACUGUGCCGGUAAAGAAAUAUGAUAGAAAUCCACAUUAUUGCCUGGCACACUAUUCUAUGCAACUGACAAAGGAUAUAUUGGAUUGCUGAAUUCUUCUUUCGUAAUUUCAAAUAUUUCAUAAAAAAUAUAUUGAAUAUGAUACAAUCAUAUUUCAUUGUGAUUGUCGUGUAAUAGGGUUCAUUGUUCGUAUUUCUAGACAGGUGCGUUUGUGUUCUGUAUUUUUCUUGUUGUUGUUUUAUAUUUGUGGUGAAUUUGAAUUACAUCAUAAAUACAUCUUACAUUGUACUAUCCAACUGCAUUACAGCAUAAAAGCAAAUCUCUUUUAAUAUUAAUUGUAGCUUAAUUGCUGUGGGAUUUUACAGUGUACAUUUAGCUUCAUUGCUUUAGUUCUGCCAGUCUUGAGAACACUUCUAUAUUGUGUCAGAGUCUCAAAUACAGAUAUUGUAAAAGUAUGAGCAAACUCACGAAACUACAUUUCUCUUGAUUUGCAAAUUGCAUUGCCUCAGCAAUGAAAAUUUUUUAGUGAACUAUAAACAAAAAUUCCCCAUCGAAAAGGAAAAUCAAUUUGUUAGUGGAGUAAGGUUCAGGGCAGUGUUUCACAAAGUUUUUUCAGUGGUUUCACUGACCUAUUUUCUCUGAGCCAUUCAAUUGCAAGGAUUUGUAGUAGCUUAUAACAAUAGUCGGCGCAAAUCACUGACAACUUUUCAUGCGAUAUUCCCCACGUUCAUGUAAUGGCAACGUUGGAUCUAAUAGAGCAGGUGUUUUUCAGGGUUAUGUCUCCAUAUAUUGAUCAAGUGACAAUGAAAACUCGGUCAUCUAUAGAGGCUGGUAUGGAUGCAUCUCUAUUUCUGUCAAGCUAUGGUAAUGAUCAGAGGUCAAAUUCACAGGAAAAAGAUAAGCAAUAUGGAGCAUUUUCAUGAAAUGAAUUGUCUGUGAGUUUUCACUGACAACUGUUAUAAGCUACUGAAAUCCUUGCAUCUGAUUGGCUGAGAACAAUUUAGUCUCUGAAAACCACUGACAAAGAUGCUUCAUGAAACCUUUAUAUAGUGAUGUUUAAGCAAUGAGAAUUUGAACAGCUCAACACACUAUUCAAAGAGGUUGUAAUGUACUUGAUGGUAUCCAUUCUCAAGGUCACAGUAAAGAUAGAGGAGGGGAUCAUUUUGUAAAGCUGUUGUAUGUUAGGCACAGUUUUAUGCAUAAGCGAGGGUUAUUUCUUUUGCUAAAUGUGAAUACAUCACAAAAUUUUCCUGUUUUGAUAAAAUAAGAGUGUGUUCGUGAACCCUAAUCAAUCUUGAAAAUAUUGAAUCUUCCAUGCUUGUAUAAAAUAAGACUUUUAAUCCACUAAAAAUCACAUUUCAGGCUUUUCAACUCUAUCUGAUGAGAAUCAAUCCAUUAAAAUGCACCCAAGAAAGUGUCACAUGUCAUGUGUACAUGUAACUUAUGAACACCCUUGUGAAACACCACAAAGUUAUUAAAAGUAGAUUGUAAUAAUCUCAAUAUCAUUAGAUCAUUGGUUUGAUUUUAUUUGAAAUCAUCACUCUCUUCAGUUCAAAUGGUUUUAUGAAUUGAGAAUGUAGAAAAGUGAAAGCUAUUUAACAAAAUACGAAUGAUUCGUUGUGACAUAUCAUAUCACGCAAAGAUUGACAGUGGUACAGGGUGUUCUAAAAAUAGAUUGUGUCCCCAAAAAAGUAGAAAAUUUGAUUUUAAGUACUUUGCUUGUUUUGAACUUCUCUUCUUUGUGUUACUUCACCUUUAAUAGUAAUUUCUCUUAGAAAUGUUUUAAGCAUUGAUACAAAUAAAAAUCAAGCUUUUGAAUUUAAAGGCAAAGUACUUAAAACCAACCGUUCCACUUUUUUUCUGAGACACCCUUGCAUUUCAUGUUUCCUUACUGAUCCAGGGCCAUUUACACAUAGCUAAUCAAUCGAUAGGAUGACUGAUUUUUAUGAUUGAUUGCAAUUAUCAUUUUGUGCAAUUAGUCAUACAAAUCAACAGCAUGAUCACUUGCUAAGCUUUGUGUCAAAGGGGCUCUAAUCAAUAUUGCACUUUCCAAGAAGUGGUGGUAUGGGGAUGACUGCAACAAUUAUGAUUUUGAAAAUGAUUCUUCUGCUGAAAGGGCUUGUGACCAGAAUGAGUGUUUCAUGAUGCGAUGGCCUUUUUUUUUAAUUUGAUUGUUUAUUUUGAUAUGAAAAAAAUGUUGAUUUUGAAAGAAGGAAAUGUUAAACUUUAUACUGUCUUCAUUAGUUUGUUGAAAUUAGUUAAGUGUAAGCACUAAAUGUUGUCUUAAAUCAUUGUGGGCUCCCUUUUUUUCAGUGGCAUGUACUCUACUCAAUUUGACAGUGUGUUCACACCUAGGCUCUUUUGCAUAAAAUUCACUAUAUGUCCAGCAUCCAACGGAAUCCUUGAUUUUGAUUGGGUGUUAAUCAUUGUUGGGGUAGUUACCAAAUGUUGGGGGAAUAAAAUAACCUUUAUGCAUCAUGUCCCUGGGGCCUGUUUCAUAAAGACUUUUGACUAACGUAACUUUGCCAUUAUUGUAUCGAUGAUUGAAACCUAGGUGGUGAUUGGCUGCUGAGACUUGCUACCAUUUUAGUGACAAAGCUACUAUAGUCGUAACUCUAUAAAACAGGCUCUGGGACCAGUGAGAAACCAUCAAGCCAAAUAUAGUAAAAUAUAUAUGUCUUGCCUUAGUUCAGGCUCAUACUGAUAUUUUAUUUCACUUGACAUAAUACAGAGAGCCAAUGCUUUGCAUUCACUCUGCAAAUAUUUCUGUUACCUUUGAAAUUCUUGAAGUAAGUCUCCAUGAUUUGGAAAGGGAUAUUUCAAUGUACUCUGCUUUCAAACUGGAACAAUAUCUGAUGUUUUCUGGUAAGUGAAGUAUACCUGGGGCCCUGUUGCAGAACAAGUUGCGUUUAAAUGUAAUUGCAAAAUUAAGCCCAAGUCCAUAACACAUGCAUUUCAUCGGUUGAAAAUCAAGUUGCGUUUGAUUUUAACUCUUUCUGUAACAGACCCCUGAUUAGACAAUAGUAGGGAUGGUGUUUCACAAAGAUUUAAUUGUUGACUUUAAUAAAACAAAUCAUACUUCAAUUCCCAGGUGUGUGUGUUAUAUAAUGCAUCAAAGCAUUAAUCAUAUCACUCUCAUUGGGUGGGAUAUUACUCUUUGUGAUAUACCCCCUACGAAUUUUUCUUUUUACCAUGCAUAUGUGACACUGGGGAAAAAUUACACAAUGGCUCAGGUCGAAUUCGUACCGAAGUGCCCUCCAGAGCCCUGGAAACGUAAUAAGAAUCUCCUUUAAUUCCAACAGGAUCUAGGAUAAUCUGUAAUACAAUGUAGCAAAAUUGGGCUGGCGAGCUCAACAUUAAAAAUGAAAUAUUGAAAUAAUUUGUUUUUCCCUGAUGCAAACACUUUUUUUUUAAUGAUUAAUGUUAUCUGGGAUAAAUGUUAGUGGAUCAGGACAUGCACAUUGAAUAUUAACAGUUAUUAUUGAAUAUACUCUUUAUUUCUAAGUCGUCUCAUGCCAAAGGUUAGAGUUAUAUUUAUAUAGAACAACUAUAUCCAUAGAAAUAACUAACAAGCCUUCAAGGGUAUAUGAUUUGCAGUGGGGAGAAGCUAUAUGUUUUCUAAUCAAAGUAUGACAGAUCUGUUGAAAUAAUUUUAUUUUAUAGAGAUAAAGAUAUUUAUACAUAUAUUAUUGAAGAAAUGUGUGCACUUAACGUAGCUCAAAUUUCAAGCAACUGCAUAUUCUUUGUGGAUUGUUUUACUAUUUCAUACAGUUAAGAGGCUUGUUGGACUCUGAAUUUACCUAUCAAAAAGUGUAUGUUGCGCAGUGACCACCUAACUUAAUAAAUCCACAAUAAGUUGACAAGCAUGACCCUUUCUUGUGCUAGAUCAGGGGCCCGUUUCAUAAAGGACUUACAACUGGUGUAACUUUGCCAUUAUGGCAACUACCAUGGAAACCUUGAUUGUGAUUGGCUGCUGAGCCAUGUUACCAUGGUAGUUGCCACAAUGGCAAAGUUACAAAAGUUGCAAGUCCUUUAUGAAACAGGCCCCAGAUUUGCAAUAAUUGCAUUUCUAUGAAAUCCAAUUUUCCCUGAAAAAAUUAUGGUAUUGUUAACAAGCAUGUGAAUGCAAAGUUUGAUAUUUGAUGAGAAUUAUAGAUGGUUCUCUUUCAUUCUGUUGAAACAGGAAAUUUAGCAUAAGAAAGAGUCACCUUUUCGUAAACUUGUCUGUAACUUAAUAAGAGCUUUAAGAAAUAGGACCUUUUCACAAACAAAUAAUUGCAGAAGGAGGUUACCACUGAAAUUUAAAAAGUAGGGAUUACACAUACUCUCAUGCGAUGCAUAAAUCUAGACCAAAAUGUUGCUGGAUGAUCUUCAAUCUUUCAUACUGAUAUGUAAAUAGAAUGACAAUUAUUGCAAUAAAGUCAUUUCAUUUUUAAAUGGUGUCAUCAGGGAUGUUGUUACCCCUUCUUUAAACUAUUUUUGUAUAAAUUAUUUUGAACUCUUGUUACAAAUGCUAGAGAGAUAUAUAUUAAGAAAAUGAGUAUAUGUACAUAAUCAUAUAGUUAUCUUCCUUAUCUCUGUGAUAUAUAUAUAUAUCCAAAUGUGUAAAAUAGGAGACUUGCAUUGCCUGUCUUUGUACAUAAAAACCAAUAUAUAUAUAUGACAUCUUCUUUCAUUUGUGAAAUAUGAAUGUAUCAUACUCAAUUGAACUGUCAUGAAUGCUGUGUAUUUGUUUAACAUUUUUGCCUAGAAAGAAAUAAAAUGAGCUUGACUUGAAA